AUGGCGUCCAUCACCGUCAAUGGUAACACAAUCGUACCGAUCGGAUCACAAGGCGAGGGCUGGAUUGUUAAUGCAAAUGAUCAGGAAAAAGUGGAGUCUGCACCCAAUGCAAAAGAUUCGAAUUUCAUUCUUGUGCAAGUCGAUCAUAUCCUCACUGUUGCUGAGAAGGGGGUUUUGGCACACCACCAUGUUGAGAUCCAAGAAUACGUUGCGGAGAACACAUUCUUGUGUCGAUAUGAGCCGGACGAUCUACAAGCCCUGCGACUGUUGCCGUUCGUCGUGACAGCGGACGUUUAUCUCCCACAACUCAAAACAACCAUCUCAUUGAAAGAAAUGGUCGAAAGCGAACACGACCAAGAGGACUACGAGGUCGAUCUGAUCCUUCAUGAGACUCCCAACUUGACCUCUGAGCAGUUGGCUUCCUAUGUUGCGCAAGCGGCUGAAGUGGCCCUUGUGGACCUCGAGAUCCUGGAGCGUAAGAUCAGAGUCACUGUUCACCAGGACAAGCUCGCAGCACUCGCCGCAUUAGACAGUGUCAACAGGAUCGAAGAGGUCCGGCAAUAUACCACGUUCAACGACCAGGCGCGCGCCGUUCUAUUCGAUGUGGGCGCUAUUCAGAAUGCUUCGAUCCCAUACCAGGGCACUGGGCAAAUUGUCUGCGUGGCCGACUCAGGAUUUGACCAGGGCAUAGCGACGGACACAGGGGACAUUAAGGUUCAUCCUGCCUUUUCGGGUCGUGUUGUGCAAGUCAUCGGUAUGGUUCCAGAUACCGCUACUCCCAAUGACCCCGUGGGUCACGGUACACAUGUCUGCGCUUCCAUCUGCGGUAAUGGAGUCUACAAGAACACCGCCGAUAUGGUUGAUGUACCGAUCAAAGGCACUGCGCCAAACGCGAAGAUCAUUGUACAGGCCAUGUCUCAGUGGUACCCCGACCUUCGUGCUUGGGGCUUGAAGCCGCCGGCAGACACGUCCAUUCUGUACUCAAGCGCGUACCAACUCGGCGCUCGAAUCCAUAACAAUUCUUGGGGCCUCAAAUGGAGCUCCACGGCGCGACAAUUUGGAUACGCAGGCGGCGCGACAGCCAUCGAUCGGUUCAUGUGCGACAACCUAGAUUUCUGUAUCCUCGUGGCAGCCGGUAACGACGCCAGAGCCAAGAACGCAGGCGCGAGCCAGAUAGGGGAUAAUGGAGCUGCAAAGAAUUGCAUCACAGUCGGCGCUACAGGCACGACGCGAGAUAAUGACGGUCAAAGAUACACCCGUGGCUUCAAGCACGGCUCGGAUGUCACCUCCGUGGCCAUCUUCAGCUCACGUGGUCCCACGCUGCCCGCACGGAAUGCGAACAAUGAAACCACGGUGGGGAGGAUCAAACCUGACGUCGUUGCGCCGGGCGUCGCUAUCCUCUCCGCCGCCUCUCGCGCGCUCUCACCAAAGGAUCACCGCCGCGUCGCGAACGGGGAAUCUGCUGAUCCUGAUUGGAUGUUCCAGUCAGGCACAAGUCAGGCUACGCCUCUGGUCUCAGGCUGCGUUGCAUUGCUUCGCGAAGCACUACAGGGCGUUGGAAAAGAUAAGAUCAGCGCGGCUUUGAUCAAAGCUUUAUUGGUCAAUGGCGCAGUACUGCACAGUAGUAAAGAUGAAAGUGGCAAAACAAUGAUUUACGAUUACGCGCAGGGCUUUGGACGCGUAAAUGUCUCGACCUCCCUCAAGAUGGUGCGACAGCUUUCUUUUGUUGACGGCUGGAAAGGCAACAUUAAAUGCGAAAGCGAACAUCCUCAUGCCCAAGACGCGCCUAUGUUGCGAGUCACCUCGGAGAAGGACAAGACGUGGCAGAGCCCGCCGUUAACCAUUCCCUCGACGGGUACUCGCAUGCGCUUGACUGUAACGAUGACUUAUCCGGACCCGCAUGGUGCGCUGUUGCAAAAUGACAUGAAUCUCAUUGUUCGUGCUGGCGCGGGAGAUGAACCUAUCGAACGACAUGGAAACAUGGCAGAUGGUGACCAGGGAUUUGACUGUGAAAAUACCGUUGAAAAGAUCAUCUGGGAUGAUGUCCCUGGCCCAACGGCUGUGAUUAUUGUCAAAGCGCAGGCUUUUGCUAUGACGUCGGUGGAACAGACAUUUGCUGUUGCUUGGGAUCUGCAGAGCAUCUAG